AUGACUAAUGGUUUAAAAUGUAAUACUACUUAUGCUAUGACAAAUGUAAGUUCUUUAAUGUUUUUAUUCCCUAGAACAACUAAUGAAGUAACAUGUAGUAGAAAUCCUUUAUUAGCAUCUUUACAAUUACAAAUUGAUAAUAAACCUUAUCCUGAUAAACCAUUUUCAUCUAUAGAAAAAUCACAUACUAUUUAUAAUAUUACUAAUGCUGGUUUAGAUAAUUUAUUCUCUCCUUCAAAAGAAUUUGCUUAUUCAUUAGAAUAUAAUGAAAUAGAUACUAAUUCAAUUAUAGGAAAAGCAGGAAAUGGAAAAUAUAUUCCACCACUUAAAGAUAAUACAUCAUAUUGUUUCUUAUGUAGUACUGAAAGAUUAAGUGGUUAUGGUACAUUUUGUGAUGGAAUUACUAAAGAUAAUGCUCAUGUAACACUUUCUGGAACUUUAUUAAUUCCUAAUAAUGAACAUCCUUAUAUUACUAAUCCUUUAACUAAAGAAUCAAAUGAUAGAUGUCCAAUUAUGCUUGUAUGUCAAGAUUGUUUCUGGAGAUGUACAUUACAAGGUGGUUGUGAAUAUAUUUGUAAUAACAAAUAUUUUGUAAGAGAAAAAACAGGAACAGAUUAA